AUGCCCCGCCACCACGCGGGAGGAGAGGAGGGCGGUGCCGCCGGGCUCUGGGUGAGGAGCGGCGCGGCAGCGGCGGCGGCGGCGGCGGCGGGUGGGGGGCGCCCGGGCAGCGGCAUGAAGGAUGUGGAGUCCGGCCGCGGCAGGGUGCUGCUGAACUCGGCGGCCGCCAGGGGCGACGGCCUGCUGCUGCUCGGCACCCGCGCGGCGGCGCUCGGCGGAGGCGGCGGCGGCUUGAGAGAGAGCCGCCGGGGCAAGCAGGGGGCCCGGAUGAGCCUGCUGGGGAAGCCGCUCUCCUACACCAGCAGCCAGAGCUGUCGGCGCAACGUCAAGUACCGGCGGGUGCAGAACUAUCUGUACAACGUGCUGGAGAGACCUCGCGGCUGGGCGUUCGUCUACCACGCGUUCGUUUUUCUCCUCGUGUUUGGUUGCUUGAUUUUGUCCGUGUUUUCUACCAUCCCUGAGCACACAAAAUUGGCUUCAAGUUGCCUCUUAAUUCUGGAGUUCGUGAUGAUCGUUGUCUUUGGCUUGGAGUUCAUCAUUCGAAUCUGGUCCGCAGGUUGCUGUUGUCGUUAUAGAGGAUGGCAAGGGAGAUUGAGAUUUGCUCGAAAGCCUUUCUGUGUUAUAGAUACCAUUGUUCUUAUCGCUUCAAUAGCAGUUGUCUCUGCAAAAACUCAGGGUAAUAUUUUCGCCACGUCAGCACUCAGAAGUCUCCGGUUCCUACAGAUCCUGCGUAUGGUGCGCAUGGACAGAAGGGGAGGCACCUGGAAGUUGCUGGGCUCCGUGGUUUAUGCUCACAGCAAGGAAUUAAUCACAGCCUGGUACAUUGGAUUUCUGGUUCUCAUUUUUUCAUCUUUCCUUGUCUAUCUGGUGGAGAAAGAUGCCAAUAAAGAGUUUUCUACAUAUGCGGAUGCUCUCUGGUGGGGCACAAUUACACUGACAACCAUUGGCUAUGGAGACAAAACCCCCCUAACUUGGCUGGGAAGAUUGCUCUCUGCGGGCUUCGCGCUCCUUGGCAUUUCUUUCUUUGCACUUCCUGCUGGCAUUCUUGGCUCAGGUUUUGCAUUAAAAGUACAGGAACAGCACCGCCAGAAGCAUUUUGAGAAAAGAAGGAAUCCAGCUGCCAACCUCAUCCAGUGCGUCUGGCGAAGUUAUGCGGCUGAUGAGAAAUCUGUUUCCAUUGCAACCUGGAAGCCACAUCUGAAGGCCUUGCACACCUGCAGCCCAACCAACCAGAAGUUGAGCUUUAAGGAGCGGGUGCGCAUGGCUAGCCCAAGAGGCCAGAGCAUUAAGAGCAGACAAGCAUCAGUAGGUGACAGGAGAUCCCCGAGCACUGACAUCACUGCUGAGGGCAGCCCCACCAAAGUCCAGAAGAGCUGGAGCUUCAACGACCGAACCCGCUUCAGGCCCUCACUACGCCUCAAGAGUUCCCAGCCAAAGCCAGUGAUAGACGCUGACACAGCCCUUGGUAUUGACGAUGUAUAUGAUGAGAAAGGAUGCCAAUGUGACGUGUCUGUGGAGGACCUCACCCCACCACUUAAAACUGUCAUCCGAGCGAUCAGAAUCAUGAAGUUUCAUGUUGCAAAGAGGAAGUUUAAGGAAACACUACGCCCAUAUGAUGUGAAAGAUGUCAUUGAACAAUACUCUGCUGGUCAUCUGGACAUGCUAUGUAGAAUUAAAAGCCUUCAAACACGCGUUGAUCAAAUUCUUGGAAAAGGACAAAUCACAUCAGAUAAAAAGAGCCGAGAGAAAAUAACAGCAGAACACGAGCCAACGGAUGACCUCAGCAUGCUCGGCCGGGUUGUGAAGGUUGAGAAGCAGGUCCAGUCCAUCGAAUCCAAGCUGGACUGCCUGCUGGAUAUCUACCAACAGGUCCUCCGGAAAGGCUCUGCCUCUGCCCUCACUCUGGCAUCCUUCCAGAUCCCGCCUUUUGAAUGUGAACAGACCUCUGACUAUCAAAGUCCUGUGGAUAGCAAAGACCUGUCUAGCUCUGCGCAAAACAGUGGCUGCUUAACAAGGUCAGCCAGUGCCAACAUCUCAAGAGGCCUGCAGUUCAUCCUAACGCCAAAUGAGUUCAGUGCUCAGACUUUCUAUGCGCUUAGCCCUACUAUGCACAGCCAAGCUACACAGGUGCCAAUGAGUCAAACCGACGGCUCCUCCGUGGUGGCCACCAAUAACAUUGCAAACCAAAUAAGCGCCGCCCCCAAGCCAGCAGCCCCAACAACUUUACAGAUCCCACCUCCUCUCUCAGCCAUCAAGCACCUGUCCAGACCAGAACCUCUGCUCUCAAACCCCACUGGCUUACAAGAGAGUAUUUCUGAUGUCACCACCUGCCUUGUUGCCUCCAAGGAAAACAUUCAGUUUGCACAGUCAAACCUGACCAAGGACCGUUCCCUGAGGAAAAGUUUCGACAUGGGAGGGGAAACUCUGUUGUCUGUCCGCCCCAUGGUGCCCAAGGACUUGGGCAAAUCUCUGUCUGUACAAAACCUGAUCAGAUCGACAGAAGAACUGAACUUACAGUUUUCAGGCAGCGAGUCAAGUGGCUCUCGAGGCAGCCAAGAUUUUUAUCCCAAGUGGAGAGAAUCCAAAUUGUUUAUAACUGAUGAGGAGGUCGGUGCCGAGGAGACAGAAACAGAUACUUUUGAUGGCACCCCACCGCCUGCGGGGGAAGCUGCUUUCUCAUCAGAUUCUCUAAGGACUGGAAGGUCACGGUCAUCUCAGAACAUUUGUAAAACAGGAGACAGUACAGACGCCCUCAGUUUGCCUCACGUCAAACUGAACUAAGUUCUUUGUUUCCUUUCUGAGCAUAGCUGUUCUUUUAGCCAUACAUAUCACUGCAUGAACUACUCUGGAAGCCCUUCUAAAGAGUUGAAAUCGCGCCAAGAGUCAGGAAGAAUGCGAAAGGCCAUUUAUAAGCCCGUUAUCUUUUAAUUGCAUGAAAAUGCAUGUUUAGGGGUGGCAGAAAUUCCAAGGUACAUCGACAUUAACCCAUGCAUUUAAUAACGUACCUUGAGUCUAAAAUCCCGAGCCAACAGUCGCUGCUGAUGCUAUGGGAUGUGUGAAGAUGCCGGGAUAUUAGUUCAAUUGCAAGAGUUGACGCUGUAUUUUGAAAUUGUGAGAGUAAACGCCUUCAAAUUUCAGGCAUUUCUGCUUUAUGACUAGAUACAAAGUACAUUUUCAAAAUUAGGCCAUAAUGUAUGUUUAGACACAAUGGCUAUCAACAGCUGCUAAGAACACAAGUAAAACAGAAUUUGGAAUAUAACCGAAAUGGCUGCUUAUUUCAAGAUACCUUUGCCAACCCGUUCCUCCUAAGUCAUUUCGUCAAUGUAAUUUGAAUGUUAAUCUGUGUGCUUCUGGUGACUUAGCGCUGUGGCAAGCAAUUUUGCACAUUGUUUUCGUGUUGUCUUUUAUGCUGGGAAUGUUUUCCAAUUAGAAUA